GUACAAGAUGACUUCAUGACCUACACGGUGUAUGAUGACAUCAUUACCAUUAAGCUCAUCCAAGAGGCCUGCAAAGUUCUGGGUGUGUCCAUGGAAGCCAUUCUGAAGCUCUUUGGAGAAUACUUCUUUAAAUUCUGCAAGAUGUCUGGCUACGACAGGAUGUUACGGACACUGGGAGGAAACCUCACGGAGUUUAUUGAAAACCUGGAUGCCCUCCACAGUUACCUCGUACUAUCUUACCAGGAGAUGAACGCACCAUCGUUCCGCGUGGAGAAAGGAGCAGAUGGGAAAAUGCUUCUCCACUACUACUCUGAUAGGAGUGGUCUGUGCCACAUCGUACCAGGUAUCAUUGAGGCUGUGGCCAAAGACUUCUUUGACACUGAUGUGACCAUGGAUAUCCUCGACAUGAGUAAGGAAGAGGAGAGGACAGGAAAGAAGGAGCAUGUUGUGUUUCUGGUUGUGCAGAAGCCUCACAGACAGAUGAGAAGGGCAAAACCUAACAGGUUACAAGACAAUCAGGACAUCCAGAGAAACCAAGAGGUACUGGAAGCGGCUUUCCUUAGGAUGAAAGAGAAAUAUUUGAGUGUCUCUGUUUGUCCUGUGAAGAAAUCGCACUGGGAAAUUGUGAGAAGUAUAGUCAUGUUUGGAAAAGGGCAUCUUGUGAACACCUUUGUGCCAGUUUAUCCUGAGCGGCUCUGGAUUGAACAGAAGACGUUCUGCAGUGCUUUUCCUUUCCACAUUGUGUUUGAUGAAUCACUGAGGGUCAAGCAAGCUGGAGUGCAUAUUCAGAAGUAUGUCCCGGGACUCCAAACCCAGAAGAUUCAAUUAGACGAGUGUUUCUCCAUCAUUCAUCCCCAAGUUACCUUCAACGUUUUCAGCAUCUGCAAGUUUAUCAACAGCCAAUUUGUCCUGAAGGCACGAAGAGAAAGGAGGCCCGAGGCAAGGAAAAGUCAGCCUGCGCUCAGACUCCGAGGCCAGAUGAUCUGGAUGGAGUCCAUGCGCUGCAUGUUAUACAUGUGCUCCCCGAAGCUCCGCAGUCUGCAGGAGCUGGAGGAGUGUAAAAUGCACCUCUCUGACAUCGCCCCCCAUGAUACCACCAGGGAUCUCAUCCUCCUGAACCAGCAGCGACUGGCUGAGAUUGAGCUAUCCAACCAGCUGGAGAGGAAGAAGGAGGAGCUGCGGGUCCUCUCCAAGCACUUGGCCAUAGAAAAGGAGAAAACAGAGACCCUGCUUUAUGCCAUGCUGCCCAAACAUGUGGCCAACCAGCUGAAGGAGGGCAAAAAGGUUGCCGCAGGAGAAUUUAAAACUUGCACGAUUCUUUUCAGUGAUGUGGUGACAUUCACUAACAUCUGUGCUGCCUGCCAACCUAUCCAAAUAGUGAAGAUGCUGAAUUCAAUGUACUCCAAGUUUGACAGAUUAACCAGUGUCCACGAGGUCUACAAAGUGGAAACAAUAGGAGAUGCUUACAUGGUGGUGGGGGGCGUACCGGUGCCUAUUGGAAGCCAUGCUCAAAGAGUGGCUAACUUUGCCUUGGGGAUGAGAAUUUCUGCAAAAGAAGUCAUGAAUCCUAUUACUGGAGAACCCAUCCAGAUCAGAGUUGGCAUCCAUACGGGACCAGUCCUAGCAGGUGUGGUGGGAGACAAGAUGCCCCGGUACUGCUUGUUUGGUGACACUGUGAACACAGCUUCUAGGAUGGAAAGUCACGGGCUUCCUGACAAAGUGCACCUCAGUCCCACUGCCUACAGCGCUCUGGAAAAUCAAGGCUUUGAAAUAAUUGAGAGGGGUGAAAUCGAAGUGAAAGGUAAAGGGAAAAUGACCACGUACUUCCUGAUCCGGAACCUGCAUGCCUCAGAGGACGAGAUCAUGGGCAGACCUCAAAGCCUGCGUGAUCGCAAGGAGGCAAGUGCUCAAGGAAGUCAAGACAGCAGGACUGUUGCCAUCAUGCGGUACGAGCACAGUGAGCUGCUGUCCCCGAGGAGUGACAAGGCAGACGGUGAAUACAUCGACCAUCACACACCCCCCAGCACUGUGGUGCAUGGAGGGAGAAUCGCUGGGUUCAGAUGUGUGGUUCAUGGUACCAGGGUACCCAUGGUACAAAGUUUGUCUGGACAUCAUGCCCCCACAGCACACCACCUGUGA